UGUUGGCCAUGAAGUACUCUGGGUGGAGAAGCAGACAGAGAGCUCAUCUACACCUUCUGACAGCACAGUGACAGUGGAUUGUUGCAGCAGCAUGGCACCGUCUGAGGACAGUGUUACUGCCUGGAGCUGUAAGCAGGUGGCCCAGUGGCUGCAGGAGGAAGGUUUCGAGCAGUAUGUGGAGUUAUUGUGCACACAGCACCGCCUGGACGGCCCCAGCCUGCUGGCUCUGACUGAGGCCGACCUGCGGGGUCCUCCGCUGGGCCUGACUGUGUUAGGAGACAUCAAAAGGCUCACCAUAGCCCUCCGCCGGCUCCAGAGACAAAACCAGGCCCAGCUGGAGGAGCUUGGACUCCGGCCUUCAGACAGUCUCCCUGCUGGGCUCUCGCUGGGCGCUGCAGGUGUCGAGUGGAGCUAUGACGGAGCUGACAGGAGGUUUAAUGGGGGAGGUGAUCGCUUGUGUAACGGGACUGAACUGCGGCUGAGGACCAACGACAGAUCUGGAUAUGGAUCAGGAGCUGCAGUGUGUCAUACUCACACCAAUGGGAGGUGUAGGCAGCACUUGGCUGGUAGACUGGACCCAGAGGUGUGGAAGACAGUCCUCAGUUCCGUAUAUGUAUUUUUUGUGUUUGGAUUCACAUCUUUCGUCAUGGUCAUCGUACAUGAGCGUGUGCCGGACAUGAGGACAUACCCACCGCUGCCCGACAUAUUCCUAGACAGUGUACCCAGAAUCCCUUGGGCUUUUGCAAUGGCUGAAGCAUGUGGCCUCAUCUUGUGUUACAUGUUUCUGUUGAUCCUGCUCCUUCACAAACACAGGUCCAUUCUCUUCAGACGGCUGUGUUCUUUGAUGGGAACAGUGUUUUUGCUUCGCUGCUGCACCAUGUUUGUCACCUCCCUCUCUGUACCUGGGCAGCACCUGAAAUGUGCCAGCAAGACAUAUGGUGAUAGCUGGGGGAAGAUACAGAGGGCACUAGCAAUCUGGAGUGGGUUUGGGAUGACUCUGACAGGCGUGCAGACCUGUGGAGACUACAUGUUCAGUGGACACACGGUUGUCAUCACAUUGCUCAACUUCUUUGUGACUGAAUACACUCCACGUACCUGGAAUCUGAUUCACACCAUCUCCUGGGUGUUAAACCUAUUUGGGAUUUUCUUCAUCCUGGCGGCUCACGAGCACUACUCCAUCGACGUGUUCAUCGCCUUCUACAUCACUACCCGCCUCUUCCUCUACUACCACACCUUAGCCAACACCCGUGCCUACCAGCACAGCCGCCGGGCGCGCAUUUGGUUCCCCAUGUUCUCCUUCUUCGAAUGCAACGUGAACGGACCUGUCCCCAACCAGUACCACUGGCCCUUCAACAAGCCUGCCUUCAUGAAAACUCUGAUUGGAUAAAGAAUCUUUAGCGGCUGCAAUGUGCAUGGACUGUAAUAAGAAUGCCUCAGUAAGAGACUUUUAAUUUAUUAUGUGGAGUUUUGUUUGUAUAAUGUCGUGUUUCAAGGAACAGUUUGACAGUUUGGUAAACAUACUUUCUUUUAUGCAGAGAGUUUGAUAGGAAAAUUGGCAGCACUGUCAUGUCAAUAUGGUAAGAAUAAAUGCUAGUUAGCGUAGCUUAGCAUAAAGACUGCAAAUAGGGAGAUACAGCUCUGUUGAAAGCUACAAAAUCUACCUACAGUACCAGCAGCUCUAAAGUGAUUACAGACAUUUGACUUACUGAUGUGUCAACAAGACUACAGGACGCCUCCUGUUCCAGACGGUUUCCAGUCUUUAUGCUAAGCUAAGUUAACCAUGCUAAGCUAAGUUAACCAUGCUGAGCUAAGUUAACCAGCUGCUAAUUGUAACUUCAUAUUUAACAUACUUAUAGCACAUACAUAUCAGAACGUAUAUACUUCCCAAAAUAUUGAAUAAUUCCUUUAAUUAUAAUUGCACAUUGCCAAAGAGCUGCAGGUACAGACGUUUUCUUGUAGAUUUAUUUGCCUUUAAAUAAUCACUUUAAUCAUUCUUAGCUUCCACUUGCAGAGAUGUUUACGGUUCAUUGGUGGUUUGGGUUGUUACACUGAACUACUCAGGCUUCUCACAGCUGUAAUCCAGGCUGAUAUUGUCACUUUUUGGGAGUCAACUGGUGACGGUUCACACAGUUGUUUUGGUAUAAAAAGGUCUGACACCUGUUUGGUGACCCAUACCAAAGAAAGAACUGUUUCUUUUGAUGUGCAGCGAAACAAACACUUGCUGCUCUCGGCUGACAGGACUCAGGCUUCAGUAGGCUAAAGGGAACUCUGCAGCUUUUUUUAUAUAGUAAUGUUACCUUAGGGAUCGUACAGAUUCACAUAUUCACAGUUAAACUCAAACAAAUAUAUGCACAUUACAAUAAAUGUUUUGCCGAAUAUCCCUCAGUCUUACAAAAAAAAGGGGGGAAAAGAACAAAAACAGGGCUCUCUGUGCAUCUUCCAGCAAAUUGCAGCUAAAUCAUGUGCUUCUCAGCUUGAGGACAGUAAACCUUCAGAGGAAAAAAAAAAGGGAAUAAAGCACAUUGGUUAAUUUACAACCUGUAAUUGUAAAAGCAGGCUGAGGUUUUGACACCACUGUGUCCUAAUCAGAGACAGAUGAAGACACACUUACGUUGAAACCUUUGUCUGUUUGCACCGUUAAAGGCUGUGAAAUAGUCUGUUUGUCCAGUCCUCAUUUGUCUUCUGGAAGCCAACAGAAUAACUUCUUUAUCCCAAAUUGUUUUGGGUUUUUUAAAGGACGUAAUUGUAUUAACGGGGAUGGAGAUAUGUGGAGUUUCCUCUUUUGCAUGGCACAAAGACUGACUUUCUCUUCAUGCAGCUACUGAAAAGCAGUUGGUUAACAAGGUUUCAAAAGUGUAUCGUUUACUAUGGCAUGGCUGAUGCAAACUGCAUAUUUUUGAACAGUUUACAAUGCGUGGCCUUAUUUCAGUGCAACUCAUCUAUCUUUGCUCGCCAGCCCAACAAUAAAAGUUUACAGAUGAGGAAAACCA